GAGCGAAAUAGAAAUAAAGUUGUACUAAUCAAAUAAUACAACUAUCACAAAGAGACAUGAAAACUACAAGGUAGAGGAAGCAAAACAAUUUUAACUUUGGAGUCUUGAAACUCAGCAGGUACAAAGAGGCAAGAGCCAUGAACACUGAAUACUAUUACAAGGUUCCACAUGUUCAAGAUCAAGUAGUUAAUCACCCGAGUCGGCAAGAAAUAAACUCAAUUGAAAAUGCACUAUACGGAGCUGGAUCCGAGCUAAUAAGGUCAGAGCUCGGUGCUUAUGGAGAAAAGAUAUUAGGUUCUGGCUCCAACUACGUGCGAAACAAUAUUGGCAGGUAUGUUUCGAAUCCGAGAUAUUAUUUUCAAGUGAGCGACCAAUAUGUGGAGAACAAACUGAAAGUAGUCCUGUUCCCGUUCUUGCACAAGGGGCACUGGAUGAGAAGUGUGGAUUCAGAUGGAAGUAAUUUUACAUAUAAGCCUCCGGUCUACGAUAUCAAUGCCCCUGAUCUGUACAUCCCACUGAUGGCAUUUUGCACCUACGUUAUUCUUGCUGGCUUUUUCCUAGGCUUCAGCGGCAGAUUCAGCCCUGAAGCUCUAGGAGUGCAGUUCAGUAAUGGACUAUUAUGCUGGCUAUUACAAGUGUUACUUAUCGAGGUAAGUCUGCAUUACUUAGGCGGAGGAGACAUCCCGUUGCUCGAUGUGGUCGGUUAUGCUGGAUACACAUUCGUGGCAGCCUCGGUGCUUGUGGUGGUUAGGAUAUUGUGGAGCUACUCAUUCUACGUUGUCACGGCUUGGGAAUGCUUUUGCAUGGGGGUGUUCUUGGUGAAAACAAUGAAGAGGAUUUUGGUUGCAGAGGUUCCUAGUUCUCAGAAAUCUGGUUCCAAGACUAAGCGCAAUUAUCUACUGCUUCUGGUGGCAAUUGCUCAAUUUCCUCUUUUGUUUUGGCUUGGCAAAUUAGCUUCCGUUUAGUCUUUCAAACCAUGACAUUCACUGCAUGUCCUUCGUCUAGAUGGAAAUAUUUUUAUUGAUGAAAGAAAUCAUUUUCUUCGAAUAUUAUAUUUCGAUACAAUUGAUUAAUAUUUUUUUUUGAAACUA